AUGUUUGAUGUGAUUUGGACGGAUCCUGACCGGCAGCUCGUGGGUGAGCAUCGAGCGAAGAAAGAGACGGCCCGCGAGCAGCAAAAAGCCAGAGAUAAGUUGGAGGGAAAACGGUCCUCGCCGCCUACUCGAGGCUCGACGUCGUCGGGGGAAAAGUCGUACGGAUUCUUCGGAUCUAGAAGCUUGAAGAAGGCGGCAGGUCCCCGAAGAGCGAAGCGACCAUCGACCCCGACAUCCUAUGCAGACCGAACUCCGACGGCCGACGAUGGCCAACGACGGCAUGCGCGGCACCAAUGGAAUCUCAAUACCGCACCCAGCAUGCCGACAUUGAGGCCAUCUUCCAAUCACUCGAGUGAAGCUGCGUUUUCUCAGUGUGAUCCCUUUUUCGAGAAUGGGGAUGCCUCCUAUCCGUCUUCUUCCCGGGAUUCGGUGGCUUCGAAAUGGACUGAUCAAACUGGCAUGUCGACCCUUUCUGCAUCUGCGACUUCGGUUGCUGAGUCUAUCAAAUCGACAAAAUCUUCCGUUGUCCAAACUCUUGGGCCGUCGUCUUUCAUCACACCACUGUCGCCAACGUGGGCAUCGGCCUUCAAGCCGAAUAACCCCGAGGCGUGGCGACCCCCGGAAGAGUGGAAUUACAACCCUCCGGAUGCGGAGCCCACGAGGCCUAAACGACUGAAGCGAACCGAGCCUCGGGAAGUCGUGCAUGAGGAAGAAGCCAUUUCACUCGACUUGCAUGGCAUAGGACGGGAGAUUGAGAUGAUGGCAGCGGCCGACCCUAUCAUCAUUCUGCAACGUCUCUGUGAGGCAUGGGGAAAUUCCAGUGAUAUCGGCUUGUACAAGGAGGUCGAAAUGGAGAAGAAGAGGUGGAUGUUGUUUGCCCUUCACAACAUGGAUCCCACAGUCGACACAUCCCGUCCAAGUACACAACAAAUUCCAAUGGAAAGGGUCCAGAAGGUCCUCGUGCUACAUGAGACGCAAGUUCCAGGAGGAACGUUGCACAUAACGUUGAUCGACCCAAUGCCUGUGGCAUCUUCACUCGGGCCUCGCAUGAGGGCCUGGCUAGAGGAACACCUCCUCCUCAACCUCGAGAGGAAUUUCCGUUGCGUGAAUCCCGGAAAGCUAUUUCCGAUAUGGCUAGCCGAUUGCGGUCUCCGGGCAGAAGGUAGUACCAUCACCACGGCAAAGUUCUCCGCGGUUCCUCGGGAACUCAGCCAGGAGCAAAGAGGUCUGAGUGGCCAGCCCCUCCCAAAUGAUAAGGACCUCAAGACAGAGCUCCGAGGAGUCGUUGGCCGGAUGCUCUGGAAGGAGGUCUGGGGUUCGUAUAUUGAGGUGGAUACGUGGUGGUGGGAUGAGCCUGAUUGUGUGGAAGAGUGCAUCAAGUCUGGUACUCAUUGGGAGUACAGCUUGAUCGAGGCCGUCAAGCUAACGUAG